GAAACUGAGAAAGCGCCUCGCUGGUAACGCACACAGAUCAACACCUCCUUGGGCCGCCCCCUGGUACCCUCACUGUGACCUACACGUAUAGCUGCGCUGCAUAGCUAAGCUUCCUCGUAAUCGCCGUUCGAAUUCCGGCGAAAAUGUUGCCGCCGGAGCUCCAACCGCGGACGGUCCGUCCCUACAUUUCGUCCUCGAUAAGCGUUCCAAAUCUCUCAUCCACUCUGACCAGCGGCUACAGCCCCAAACGGAACCCUAGCCUCAGUCCCGAUUCUUCGUUCUACGGUCUCGGCAGCAUCGCUUCUUCUAGAUCGCUCAAGAACUCCAGGUUUGCUCCGUCGUCUUUCGCGCACAACGCUAGAAUCGCCGUUGCCCUGAUCCCUUGUGCCGCCUUCCUCCUUGACCUCGGCGGUACUCCCGUGAUCGCCACCAUCACUUUCGGCCUCAUGGCGGCCUACAUCCUUGAUUCUCUCAAUUUGAAGUCGGCUUCAUUUUUCGCGGUUUGGUUCUCCCUCAUCUUCGCUCAGAUUGCUUUCUUCUUCAGCUCCUCACUUACUGUCACCUUCAAUUCCAUUGCUCUCGGCCUUCUUGCCACCUCGGUUUGUGCUCUAGUCAAUUUCCUGAUUGGAGUUUGGGCUUCGCUGCAAUUCAAGUGGAUUCAGAUAGAAAAUCCUACCAUUGUGAUGGCUCUUGAGCGGCUUUUAUUUGCCUGUAUUCCGGUAAUAGCUUCCACCAUUUUCACGUGGGCAACAGUCUCCGCAGUUGGUAUGAUCAAUGCGGCUUAUUAUCUCAUGAUAUUUAAUUGCAUAUUCUAUUGGCUUUUCUCGAUUCCCCGUGUAUCAUCAUUCAAGAUGAAGCAAGAAGUGAGUUACCAUGGCGGAGAGGUUCCAAAUGACAGUCUAAUCCUUGGUCAGCUCGAGAGUUGUUUGCACACCCUGAACCUUUUGUUCUUACCUCUGAUGUUUCAUAUUGCCUCACAUUAUUCGGUUAUGUUCUCCUCCAGUGCUGCUGUUUGUGAUUUGUUUCUUCUUUUCUUCAUCCCCUUUUUAUUUCAAUUGUAUGCCUCCACUAGAGGGGCUCUGUGGUGGGUCACUAAGAAUGACCACCAGUUGCAGAGCAUUCGCAUGGUGAAUGGUUCUAUUGCUUUGGUUAUUGUUGUAAUUUGCCUGGAGGCUAGAGUUGUUUUCCAUUCAUUUGGGAGAUACAUUCAGGUGCCACCGCCAUUAAAUUACUUGCUUGUCACCAUUUCAAUGCUUGGAGGGGCAGCAGCAGCAGCUGCUUAUGCUCUUGGGAUGAUCUCUGAUGCUUUUUCUUCAUUAGCAUUCACCGUUGUGGGUGUUAUCGUGAGUGCAGCUGGAGCUAUUGUAAUAGGAUUUCCUGUACUGUUUAUUCCAUUACCAUCAAUUGCUGGAUUUUGUUUGGCUAGGUUUUUUACAAAAAAGAGUGCUUCAUCAUACUUUGCAUUUGUUGCACUUGGGAGCUUGAUGUUUGCAUGGUUUGUGAUGCACAAUUAUUGGGGUCUGAAUAUUUGGCUGGCUGGCAUGUCUUUAAAGUCCUUCUGCAAGCUUAUUGUUGGUUGUGUUAUCUUGGCAAUGACUAUUCCUGGUCUAGCUAUCCUCCCUCCGAAAUUUCGAUUUUUAACUGAGUUUGGUUUGAUCAGCCAUGCAUUGCUGCUAUGCCACAUUGAAAACCAGUUUUUUAGUUACUCCAACAUAUACUAUUAUGGGAUGGAGAAUGAUGUGAUGUAUCCAAGUUAUAUGGUUUUCAUGACUACUUUUUUGGGUUUAGCAAUUGUUAGGAGGCUGCUUGUGGACAAUCGAAUUGGACAGAAGGCAGUCUGGGUUCUAACUUGCCUUUAUUUCUCAAAGCUGUCCAUGCUUUUCAUAUCAUCAAGGACUGUUUUGUGGGCAUCAGCUAUUCUUUCUCUUGCUGUUACUCCUCCAGUACUUCUUUAUAGGUACUCAGUGUCUCAGGACAAGUCAAGACCUGCCUCAAAGAUGAAGCCUUGGCAAGGUUAUGUGCAUGCUGUGGUGGUUGCUUUAUCAGUAUGGUUCUGUUGUGAAACAAUAUUUGAAGCUCUUCAGUGGUGGAAUGGCAGACCUCCGUCUGAUGGUUUGAUUUUAGGUUCCUGUAUUCUAUUGACAGGAUUGGCUUGUCUGCCCAUAGUUGUGCUCCAUUUCUCCCAUGUUAUGUCCGCCAAGAGAUGCUUGGUGCUGGUGUUAGCUACGGGCCUGUUGUUUAUUUUGAUGCAGCCGCCUAUCCCGUUGUCAUUGAAUUACCGCUCUGAUUUCAUUAAAGCUGCCCGUCAAUCUGCGGAUGACAUUUCCAUUUAUGGUUUCUUUGCAUCAAAGCCAACAUGGCCAUCAUGGUUGCUUAUAGUGGCAAUCCUACUCACACUGGCUGCCAUUACCUCAAUCAUACCCAUAAAGUACAUUGUUGAAUUAAGAACUUUCUAUGCCAUUGCUAUGGGAAUUGCUCUUGGAAUCUACAUAUCUGCAGAAUAUUUUCUUCAGGCGGCAGUCCUGCAUGCACUUAUUGUAGUUACCAUGGUCUGUACAUCUGUAUUUGUGGUCUUUACCCAUUUUCCAUCCGCUUCGAGUCCAAAGCUCCUCCCAUGGAUAUUUGCUUUGCUCGUGGCCCUUUUUCCAGUCACUUAUUUGUUGGAAGGCCAGGUGAGAAUAAACAAAAACAUGCUUGGAGACGAUGGAGUGUUGGAUGUGGGGGAGGAAGACAGCAAGCUGGCAACAUAUUUGGCAGUUGAAGGUGCAAGGACAUCUCUUCUUGGCUUAUAUGCUGCAAUCCUAAUGCUUAUAGCUCUUGAGGUGAAGUUUGAACUGGCUUCACUCAUGCGAGAAAAAGCAGAAGGGGGUGGAUUAAGACAUAGCCAGUCUAGUCAGAGCAGCUCUGCCACUGUCACCCCAAGAUUGAGGUUCAUGCAGCACCGCCGGGCUUCAACUGUUACUAGCUUUACAAUAAAGAGGAUGGCUGCCGAGGGUGCCUGGAUGCCUGCAGUUGGCAAUGUUGCCACAAUUAUGUGCUUUGCAAUAUGCCUGAUCUUAAAUGUCAAUCUCACUGGUGGGUCAAACCGUGCUAUAUUCUUCUUGGCACCCAUCUUGCUCCUCAUUAAUCAGGACUCUGAUUUUGUUGCUGGAUUUGGGGACAAGCAGAGGUACUUCCCUGUUACAGUUGCCAUCUCAUUCUACCUGGUAUUAACAGCCCUUUAUAGUAUAUGGGAAGAAUCAUGGCAUGGAAAUGAGGGCUGGGGUUUGGAAAUUGGUGGACCAAUUUGGUUUUUCGCUGUUAAGAAUUUAGCACUCCUUGUUCUUACAUUUCCAAGCCAUAUCCUUUUCAAUCGCUUUGUUUGGAGCUACACUAAGCAGGCCGAUACACUGCCUUUGCUGACAAUACCCCUUAAUCUACCAUCAGUUUUGAUGACAGAUAUCAUCAAGGUCAAGAUAUUGGGGCUCCUUGGAGUUGUAUAUUCUUUAGCUCAGUAUCUGAUAUCCAGACAACAAUAUAUUUCGGGAUUAAAAUAUAUUUAGACAAGAAGACAAUGUGUACUAUAUGUCCAUAUGUUCAACCAAUUUUCAAGUGAGGAAUGAAAGUCUCGGUUUUUCCUGCUUCCAACAGUUCUCUAUCUGUACUUUACCCUGAAGCUUGGAAGCAUAAAAUGUCUAGCAACUGCAGGGUGUAUCCUUAGGGGUAAUUAGUGUAGUGGUCUGCAUUUCAUAUUCUAAUACACUUCUCCAGCACUGGCUAAUUAAAUUUGUAGUUUUCAUACUCUUUUAUUGGGGUAUAACACAUGCCAUCAGAAUUUACAAACUGAUUUAGCCCAUUGCACCAGAGUUGUGUAUAUGUUGAUAAUUCUGUGUGACCAAUGCAGCAGUUGAUUCCUUAUUCACAGAUGUUAGCAUUGAACCUUUUUAUAGAUGGUGGGAGAGGAAUGAGUGGAAGGCUUAUCCCUAUCCUCUUGAGAUAAAGAUAGGGAGAAAGCUUCUCCCCGUCUUCUUCAACUACCGGUAUUAUUCUCUUCU